AGGCAGAAGUACAGAAGGAUAAUACAUGUGUCCUUCUCUUGAUCUUUUCUUUUGUUUUUCCGUAUGCUCUUUUUUUUUUUUUUUUUUUGCAUUGCAUUGCUAUCGGUUAUAUUCGGUUUAAUCCUCUCUGUUGUGUUUGUAGUAAGAAAAACACUUUCCAGUGUGUGCACGGGCUGCUUGACAAGGAGACCAAACUACAUAUGCUGUUUAUUGCAUGUGUAUCACUUUGGGCCAGUGUCAGAUAAAGGCUUAUAUUAAAAACUGGACUGCAUCUGCUGUCCUUUUGCUUCUGUGAAACACAUUUACCAACCUGUUUAAGCUGAUUUAAUCUGUAGACUUUGGACAUACCCAAUCAUAGCCAUGGACAAGAGAUCUUGCUGGUUUGCAUUCUUGUGUUUAUUGCUAGCUGUGAAUAUAAGCUUGGUGGGAUAUAUGCAUUUUCGAAAGGAAUUGACAAGAAAACUAGAAAAUAAAAUGGAGCUCACAAAUAUGGAAAUCAAAGAAAAAGAAUCAAGUAUAAUACAUUUUGAAUCAGCUCUUGAAAAUUCGAAGAAGCUGAUGAGCACCACAGAAACAGAGGUCACAGAUCUUCAGGAUGAGAUAAAGAAAUCUGCUAUCGAUCAGGAAAACAAAGCCAAACAGGUUAAAGAUUGCCAGAAUUCUGUGGAGAACCUCAGAACUGAAAAUGGAAUCAAGGAGAAGGAGGAGACUGACAAUCAUGAUAACUAUGCUGCUCUUCAGGCAAAGUGGAGUGAAACAAUUAAUGGCCUUAAACAGCAGCUGAAUGAGCGGAGUCAGCUUUGUGAACAUGUGAAGAACGCUACAGAAGUGAGAGAGCAUUGCCCUCCCAUCAAGACUUCAUAAUUAUACUUUGGGUGAUAUGGUAUAAUAUUGAGAAGAACACCUUCUGUGCAUGUCAGUGCUUUGUGCUGUUGACUCAUUAUGAUAAAUUGCUUCUUAUAUUAUUCCUCAGUUGUAAACUGCUUUGAAAAAACCAUAUGCUACAUAAAUAAAAGUAACAGUGCAUGUAUGGUGAGUCUCAGAAAACAACUAAAAAUGAGAACUACAUUUGUGUUUAGUCAGUUUUAUUACAGGUCCUAAAAACAUCAGAGUAUUAAUACAUUUUGAUAUUAAUACAUCAAGUGUAACUGUUGCUUUGGUAUGAAUACAGUAUCUUCAUUAGUUUGGAUUAUUGAUCUAAGGAAAAAAUAUUUUAAUCAGUGAAUACAAUAAUUGUUUUGAUAAGUUUAUUUGAUAUAUGAUUUGUGAUAAGUGAUAUCUUCAUUUUGUGCUAUAUUUGUGAUAUAUUCAAAUGAAAUAAAAAAUGAAAU